CUGUAGUCUCGGGGUUGUCCUCUCCAACAUGGCGGAGAUCAGCGCCCACUCGCUGUCAGAAGGCGACGACAACGGACACGGAAGUGACGCAACGACGCCGAGUCAUUAAAAGCUGACUGUAGCGCGCGCUUACAGCUCAAAUCUUCCUUCUGCUGCGAGAGUAGUGUCCGCGUGCUGCUCUGCUGCUAGCUAACAACACAAAGCCUCGACUCUUCGGAGAGUAUCACCGUCUCCUCCGCUCAAACGGCCUCCACCUUUGACGGAGCCACGUAACCAUCUCCUCGUUAGACUCCACGCAGACUUAAAGCUCCACAGCCGCCAUGUUUGAGGCUCGCCUGGUCCAGGGAUCCAUCCUGAAGAAGGUGCUGGAGGCUCUGAAGGACCUGAUCACAGAAGCCUGCUGGGAUGUCAGCUCGUCCGGCAUCUCCCUGCAGAGCAUGGACUCCUCUCACGUCUCGCUGGUGCAGCUCACCCUGCGGCACGACGGCUUCGACUCGUACCGCUGCGACAGAAACCUGGCCAUGGGAGUCAACCUCAGCAGUAUGUCAAAAAUCCUGAAGUGUGCAGGAAAUGAAGACAUCAUCACCCUCAGAGCAGAAGACAAUGCAGACACACUCGCCCUGGUGUUUGAGACGCUCAACCAGGAGAAAGUCUCAGAUUACGAGAUGAAGUUGAUGGACCUGGAUGUGGAGCAGCUCGGCAUUCCAGAGCAGGAGUACAGCUGUGUGGUGAAGAUGCCCUCUGGGGAGUUUGCCCGUAUCUGCCGCGACCUUUCCCAGAUCGGUGACGCUGUCAUGAUCUCCUGCGCCAAGGACGGAGUCACGUUCUCUGCCUCGGGAGAGCUGGGCACAGGAAACGUCAAGCUGUCCCAGACCAGCAAUGUGGACAAAGAGGACGAGGCUGUUACUAUCGAGAUGAAUGAACCCGUCCAGCUGAUCUUUGCCCUCAACUACUUGAACUUCUUCACCAAGGCGACGCCGCUGUCCAAGACGGUCACCCUCAGCAUGUCUGCUGAUAUCCCCCUCGUGGUGGAGUACAAGAUUGCCGAUAUGGGACACGUCAAAUACUACUUGGCACCCAAAAUCGACGAAGAAGCUUCCUAAGCUGUUUGAUAACGGCCAAACAAGGGAGAAUAGAGGAAGGCAGGCGACUGGGACUUUUCCUGAGUGAUUGACAGGCUGUAGUGAUCGCAUGGUGGUCGAUGAUCACUCAAUUUCUUAUUUCUUGUCUGAGAUUCACAGCAGAAGGUUUUAUAAACUGUCAUCUGUCAGCCACACGAAUGCCAUCUGUGUGAUGAAGCUUCAGUGUUUUGACUCUUUAGAUUUCAAAGCAACUGGCUGUGUGGUUCAGACUGCCCCGAUGUCAAUUCCAGCACUCCUGCUCUCUAUUUUUUGCCCGUCUUGGGAAAGCAGAUAUCGAUUAUCCCAUUCCUUCUUGUAGAUAACACAUUUGUAAAUACUUCCUGUGGUCAGCCAACCCCAAAUGUUUUUGUAUUCAUUGAUUAAGUCCAAAAUAAAUGAUUCAAGUUGUUUCCA